AUGCAAACCCCAAGAGUUUUGUUGGCGAAUACACUUCGAAAACAUAUUAGCAGAGAAAAUGAAACUCCUAACCAAAAUGAAAAGCAUCGCGCUGACGAUCGAGAAAAUAAAUGUAAGGAAAGGGGAAAAGAAACUGUAAAAAAGCGUGAGACGCGUCUCAGAAGAGACCGUGAACGAAAACGACAAAAAAGAACGAAGCAUGCUUUAGAAAGUGUUAAUGAACAUCUCAAUCACCAAAAUGAAGUCUCAAACCAAAAUAUUAACAUACCUCAUGUAGAACCACUUUCCGUUCUUGCCGAAUCUGACCAAAAUCUAUUACAAAAUUUUCGCGCAGAAAUUAAUAAACUUACUAAUACACUUUGUCUUGUAUGUAACGAGCGCUUUCCAUCUAUUGAGCUCAUAAAGGAAGAAUGCUGCCGUCAUUGCUAUUAUGAUAAGAAUGUGAUAAAAAAAUUCUCCAAAGAAAACAAUAUGGACCCGGGUGAUGUACCUGAGGAAUUACAAGGGCUUACUGAGAUAGAGAAGAUGUUAAUUGCGCAAAUUUUUUCUGUCGUUUCUGUGUAUCGUCUUCGUGGGGGUCAUUCAGCGUUCAGAGAUUUCAACGUCCGUCGCGUUAAAGUUACCCGUGCACUUUAUUGGUUAAAAGCAAACAACUGUUAUUACGCUGAUAUUAUCAUUAACAACGAAAUAUUACGAUCUUUACCUGACAAUGGUCCUGUUGAUGAUCAGCUCCCCCAACUUGAAGAUGUAGAAGACGAAUAUUUUGAUAAUAAUGAUGAUGAAGACGAAGACAUAAUAACUAGCAACUUCGUUCCUGCACCUCUUCUGUCUUUUAAUGAAGAAAGUGCUAUCGCCGAUACUCUUGGUCGAAUGCAAGCUAGUAACCUUCCUAUUAUGUGGCUGAAUAUAGAUGGAAAUCCUAUUAAUGAGUUCCAAACUCCUGGGUAUAUUGCAUGUGCAUUCCCAACUUUGUAUCCAACUGGAGAUGGCAAUCUUCAGUCAGAACAUGUAAGAAAAAUUAAGCCAGCUGGAUAUUUCUCGCAUCUACUAAAAUACAAAGAUGGAAGGUUUGCACAACAUGCUCGGUGGAGGUACUUUGCGCUAAAUUCGCAAAUGCGAUGGAGGGCACUUCAAGAGGGAAAAGUAUAUGUCAAACAAAGUUUAAAUGGGGAGCAGCUUAACGUUGAAGAUGUUCAAGAGAUGGCAGAUAAUAAUAAUUGUAUGGCAGAUAAGAUCGUACGAUUCGGUGAGGGUUUGCAUGGAACUCGGCAGUUUUGGAACAAGAGACGCGCUGCUGAUCUACAUUGGCCAGAACUUCACGAGCUUAUGCCACAUGGCGAGAACCCAGUAACGGAACUAGAUACGAGCAAACAAAGACACCAAGACUUAAUCGACAAUCCACAUAUUGCUGCAUGGUUUGAGUGGCAACAUCGUGGCAGCACUCAUAUACAUGGUAUUGGGAAAAUACAAGAUGCACCAAUUAUUGAAUGGGAAAGAAUGAAAGAGAAUGAGGAGACAAUGAGUAAUGUGGUGCAAUAUUUAGAUUCAUUGGUUACUACGAUUAAUCCUGGGCUUGACGCACCUGUACCUAAUCAUCAUUCUUGCCAGAAACGCCCUGAUGAAAUUCCUUCAUAUUGUCUUCGUGUAAACUCUACAGGCCAACAAAAUUGCAGGUUUGGAUAUCCAAAAGAAACAACAGAAAGCACAUACUUACGUGACAAUAAUGGUCAACCUGAGCUCAUAAUGGCAAGGAACGAUCCCUACAUUAAUCCACAUAAUCGACUUCAGCUUCAGGGCUGGCGCGCGAAUGUCGACUUAAAACCGAUUCUAAACAUGAAUGCCACUAUUCAAUACAUAUCAAAAUACACAAGUAAAUCAGAACCGCGGUCUGCUGCUUUCUCAGAUAUAUUAAAUCGGAUUCUUAAUAAUAGUAGACCUGGCGAUUCAUCACUUGGCGUGUUUCAGAAAUUAUUGCUCCAUACUAUUGCAGAGCGUGAUAUUUCUGCUCAAGAGACAUGCCAUCUCCUUCUCAGUAUUCCCCUUUACCACUCAAGCCGUCGAUUUGUUACUUUGAAUCUUAACAAAGAGGCUCCGCGAUGGCUUUAUGGCACUGGAUAUACGAAUGAAGAAAACUUUUCAGUAAAUAGUGAAGUUGGGCGAACUGUACAGUCACCUCUGCAAAAGUAUUGGAGUCGACCUAUUAAACUUGAAGACUUUUCGCUCUUUCAGCUUUACUUAAAAUAUAAUUUUUGGAACAAUCAGUGGAAAGAAUGCAAGUGUGAAAAUAUAGUACGAAUUUGGCCACGACCAUCACCUAAGCGUAAUGGUCCUCAAUGGGAAGAAUUUUGUUGUAUAAAGGUUCUGCUUCAUGUUCGUCAUAGAAAUCUUAACCAAUUAACUGAAAACAAGACUGAUUUAUGGUCAGACCUCUUUAAUAAGCACCAUGCAGAGAUUGAAAAUGUGCACGCUGAUUUACUUGGUCUCCCUGUAGAUAACUUGGAAAACAAGUUUGUUAAUGAAGAAAACGAGGAUGAACAAGGUGAUGAACAAGAAAGAGAGAUGCAACUUGAGUGGAUGAUCUUAUCAGAGAUGGGACCAAAUGUAAUUAUUGAGAAUUCUUCUGGGUUGGGUUCACAUGAUAUUGAUCGAAAUUACGAUUGGGUUGGCGAUGUUAGAUGGCACCAUUCCGAUCUUAAUUUUGCAAACAUGGCUAACUUUAUACAACAAGCUCGCACUUCUGGCACUAUUAAUAAUGAAAACUCAGUCGCUAAUUGCGUUGAAAAUUCACAUACUUUAAAUGAGAAACAAUUGGCAAUAUUCAAGCGAAUUGAGUCUCAUUAUAGCGACUUGAUUGUAAAUCCUAGCCAAGUUGAACCACUCAGACUUAUCAUAAUGGGAACUGCGGGAACAGGAAAAUCGCAUCUAAUUAAAAUUAUUUGA